AUGGCGGGCGUUGCUACCAAUUCACGCGAUUUUAUUGUGGCAACAAAAUAUAAACUUAUACGGAAAAUUGGUUCUGGUUCUUUUGGUGAUAUAUAUCUAGCUAUAAAUAUUACAAAUGGUGAAGAAGUUGCUGUCAAAAUGGAAUCUAAUAAGGCUCGCCAUCCUCAGUUGUUGUAUGAAAGCAAGGUAUACAAAAUAUUACAAGGUGGGGUUGGCAUACCGCAUAUACGAUGGUAUGGCACAGAGCGAGAAUACAAUGUACUUGUAAUGGAUUUACUAGGCCCUUCAUUAGAAGAUCUAUUCAAUUUCUGCAGCCGCCGUUUUACGAUGAAGACGGUCCUUAUGCUUGCAGAUCAAAUGAUUGGUCGCAUCGAAUACGUUCAUGUCAAAAAUUUCAUUCACAGAGAUAUCAAGCCUGAUAAUUUUAUGAUGGGUAUAGGACGUCACUGCAAUAAAUUAUUUUUGAUUGAUUUUGGAUUAGCCAAAAAAUAUCGUGAUUCACGUACACGAGCUCACAUACCGUAUCGAGAAGAUAAGAAUCUGACGGGUACAGCUCGAUAUGCAUCAAUAAAUGCGCAUUUGGGCAUUGAGCAAUCGCGACGUGAUGACAUGGAAUCUCUUGGAUAUGUCCUUAUGUAUUUCAACAAAGGAACUCUUCCAUGGCAAGGACUAAAAGCAGCAACAAAAAAGCAAAAAUAUGAAAAAAUCAGCGAGAAAAAAAUGUCAACACCUGUCGAGGUGCUAUGCAAAGGAUAUCCGGCGGAAUUUGCCAUGUACUUGAACUAUUGCCGUGGUCUGCGAUUCGAUGAAGCACCAGAUUAUAUGUAUUUGCGGCAAUUAUUUCGCAUUCUUUUCAGGACAUUGAAUCACCAGUAUGAUUACACAUUCGAUUGGACCAUGUUAAAGCAGAAAUCGGUACAGCACGCCGCAGCAGCACUCGCAUUCGUUGGUUCAGGACAGGGUGGCGCGCAGUCAGGAACGGCACCUGGCGUAUGA